UUUAGGAUAAUAAGUUGCAGAGAGUAACAGAGAGAGAGAGAGAGAGAGAGAGAGAGAGAGAGAGAGAGAUGAUAUGUCUAGGCAGAGUCUUGUAAAAGAUGCUUGGAUUAUAGAAGCUGAAGAGGCUUCAAGUUUGGUGGAAGAUUUGGAGGCCAAGACCAAGAACAAGUACCCUGGCCAAUUGAGCCUCAGAGAAAUUGCUCGAUCCAAGCUUCUGGAGCUUGGAGUGAAACUUGAUCGCCUCGAAUCACUCCUCCACAACCCGCCCUCAAAACCCAUCUUAACUAAAGAAGAUGUGGAUUUUCGUUGGAAAAUGCUCUCAGAUAUCCAGCUAAGGACAAGAACGUUGGCUCUCAGUUUCUUUGUGCUAGAAAGAUCAGAAAGUCUUCCUGCCACCAAAGAAGACAACAAAAAUGCAAACAGAUGUGACCAAGAUGAAGUGAAGCUUUCGUUCUCUAAAGAUGACCAAGAGCUGCUGAAACCUCUUGUUACAGACAAUAUUGCAACAAGAAGUCAAGUGCAGGCGCAUAAUUGCAAAAAACCAAAAAAACUUCUGACUUUAGUGUGAUUUGAGCUGCAGAUUAAACCAUCCAAUUCUUAUAUUCCGAUGAGCUUGCGUUGGAAGACUUGCUGGGGCAUUUCUGUGGUCUUAGGGGUGACUGCAUGUCUGUUCAUCUUAAUUUUCCUAUUUGUGCACACAUAAUCAUCAUAACUUGAUCUAAGUAUUUGAUGUUGUGAUGGUUUAUCCAUGCAAUUUGGAGCAGUAUUUUCUCUGCUUUUUUCCGUUUUUAAGUGAAUAUUGUACAAAUCUAUUAAUUUCAGAACAAGGAUACAUCUUCUGCAAUGUAAAAUUAAGUACAGUUACAUUACAACACAAGGAUUCUUACUCAAGCUCAUCAUCAUGUGACAGAUUUGGGAAAAGAGUUGCAUUGUACAAAACCAGAAACUACAAUGCUAGAGAAGACAGACAGAGAGACAAGAUUAUCAUCUUCCUUGUACUUAUUAAAUGAGCUUAGGGUGACUGCAUGUUAUCUUUGUUUUCCUAAUUGCAUAUACCGUUUUCUUUUUGAA